AUGGGCAACAGCAGCAACAGCAGCAAGAGAUACAGCAGCAGCAGCAGCAACUGCAGCAACUGCAGCAAAUAACAAAUCAUUUAUCUCAGCAUAUAGACAGAGAUGAUGAUAGUACAGCAGACACACAAGCAGCAGCAACACAAGCAGCAGCAGCAGCAGCAGCAACAAGGCAUGGUGGUGGUGGUGGUGCUGCUGCUGCUGCUGCACCUGCUGCUGCUGCUGAGCAUCGUAGGUGGGAGAGAAAUCGUGAUAGAAGAAGGGUCUCUGCUGCUGCAGGCAGCAGCAACAGCAACAACAGCAACAACAGCGGCAGCAGCGGCAGCAGCAACAGCAGCAGGAUAGGCAACAAGAGCAGCAAGGAAGUAACUAGUAGGACACCGCGUCUGCGGCAUACUCGUGCUGCUUCUGUCCCUGCAGCAGCAGGAGCAGCAGCAGCAGCAGCAAAUCCUGCAGCAGCUGCUCCCCUUAGAAGGACGCAGGAGCAGGGACAGCAGCAGCAGCAGCAGCAGCAGCAGCAGCAGCAGCAGCAGCAGCAACGAACACCGCGGCUGGGAUCGCGUAUCCCGCAUACUCGGGAGACCUCAGCAGCAGGAGCAGCAACAGCAGCAGCAGCAGCAGCAGCAGCAGCAGACAACCGCACACCUAUGUAUGCAAGAAGGAGGAGAGUGAGCAACAGAGGGCAAGAGAGCCACCAGCAGCAGCAGCAACAACAACAGCAGCAACAGCUGCAGCAGCAACUGCAGCAGCAGCAGCACUCUGUGGCGUGUCUUAAGAGACAAGAGAAGGAGAAAACUUCCUGGUGUACAUGCAGCUUUGCUGCAGCACAAGCACUGCAGCAGCAGCAGCAGCAGCAGCAAACAAAUGGCAGCAACACCAGCAGAAGCAGCAUGAGCAGCAGCAGCCGCAGCAGUGCAGCAGCAACAGCAGCAGCAGCAGCAAGAGCAAGACAAAAAGAAGAAAGUAUAAGAAGACAAAAUAAACAAUCAGCAGCAGCAGCAGCAGCAGCAGCAGCAAAUAAACAGAUGCAUGCAGUGCCACGUCUGCAGCUAGAUUCCUUAACAACAGCAGCAACACCACGAAGACAGCAGCAGCAACAUCAAACAGUAACAGCAGCAGCAGCAGCAACAACAGCAACAGCAGCAGCAGCAGCAGGAGGAGGAGGAUACUGGGGAAAUGAUGAUAUAUCUGAGUAUACAGAAGAAGAAGGAGACUUGGAUAUACACCCCAGUCCUAUAAAUCUAUGGCAACUGCAGCAGCAGCAGCAGCAGCAGCAGCAGCAGCAGCAGCAGCAGCAGCAGCAGGAGUACGGAUAUAAGGAUAUAAAAUAUAUAGGGGAAGCAGAGCCAAUAAAACAAAAAAAGAAUAAAAGAAAACAACCAGCUAAUUUAAUUGGAUCCCCUAGUGUAUAUACACCCCAAUUAGUCUGCAGCAGUCUUGCUGCUGCUGCUGUUGCUGCUGCUGCUGCUGCUGAUUCAGCUGCUGCAUUUGCUGCUACAGACCUACCACGCAGCAGCAGGAGACCUCUAGGGACACCAAGACUGCAGCAACAUAGCCGUAAUAAUAUGCAUGCAACACUGCAGCAGCAGCAGCAGCAGCAGAAGCAGCAGCAGCAGUUGCAGCAGCAGCAGCAGAUGUUGCAGCAGCAGAUGGCAGGAUUAAGCCCACCUAGUAUGUGUGGUCCUUUUGGUCCUCAGCAGACACUGCAGCAGCAGCAGCAGCAACUGCUGCAGCAGCAGCAACAGCAGCAGAGGGGAAUGCGUAAUCAAUCAGGUAUUGGGUUAGAUAUUCCUUCUUUGUCUUCUUCUUGUAUCUUUCCUUCUUCUCCUUCUCCUCCUUCUCCUUCUGCUGCAGCUGCUGCUGCAGCAGCAGCAGCAGGUGCAGCAGGAGCAGCACGAGGAGCAGCACCUGCUGCUCCUCUUUCUUAUACUCAUCUCCCUGCUGCUGGAUGUAAGGAGUAUGCUGCCUUUAGGAGUAGCGUCUUACCUUUGGGAUCGAUGAUGGGAUCGAUGGGAUCGUGUGUGGGAUCGAUGGGAUCGUGUGUGGGAUCCAUGGGAUCGUGUGUGGGGCCCAUGGGAUCGAUGGGAUCGUGUGUGGGGCCAAUGGGAUCGCCUAUGGGAUCGAUGGGAUCGCCUAUGGGAUCGAUGGGAUCGCCUAUGGGAUCGAUGGGAUCGCCUAUGAUGGGAUCGUCUCCACCAAUGCUGGGAUCGAUGGGAUCGAUGGGAUCGCCUCUGGGAUCGAUGGGAUCGUCUAUGGGAUCGAUGGGAUCGUCUGUGGGGUCAAUGAUGGGAUCGUCUCCCCCCUAUGAAUGGAAUUCUUCUCCUCCUUAUAUAGGCAAUCCUCUCCCUACCUUUGGUGGUUCUUCUUGCUGCCUCCCCUCCUUUGGUGCAACAACACCACCACAGCUGCUGCAGCAGCAGCAGCAGCAACCGCUGCAGCAGCAAAUGCUGCUGCAGCAACAGCAGCAACUGCAGCACGGUAUACAGCCUACUAGAUGCAGCAGCAUACCAUUCUUACCAGCAGCAGAUCUGCAGCAGCAAACACAUCUUUGUACACCUCGUGUUGUUAGGAAGAAAGUUAUAGGCAACAGCAACAGCAGCAGCAGCAGCAGCAGCACCAAUAUCAGCAGCAACCAACAGCAGCAGCAGCAGCCACAGCAGCAGCAGUGUAAGAAACUGUUUGCUGGCCGGCGUAUACGUCUUGGUGAUUUGUUUGGUCGUUGUUACGAUGCAACAACAGAGAACGAAUCCAACAAGCAGCAGCAGCAGCAGCAACAACAGCAGCAGCAGCAGCAGCAGCAGCAGAAACCAGCAGCAGCAGCUUUAGACAGUUUCUCCUGUAGCCGCAGAGACGCAGCAGCAGCGCAUGCAAGCUACAGCAGUCCCUGUCUCCCUUCUGUCUUUAAUAUACAACAGCAGCAGCAGCAGCAGCAGCAGCAGCAGCAGCAGCAGCAGCAGAAGCAGAAGCAACAAUUCCUGCUGCAACAGCAGCAGCAACUGCUGCUGCAGCAGCAGCAGCAGCAGCAGCAAUAUAGAUGGCACUAA